UUAAGUUACCCAAAUUACGCUAACCCUUUCCCUAAAUAGCACUUCUCAAGCCAAAAUUUUCAAGCUCAGCUCUGUUAGGUUUUCCAUUUUGCUUGGUUUCAAGAUAUGGGUAAGUUUCCUUCUUCUUUCAUUCUUCGUUCACUUGUUAAUGGUGGAAGCCAUCUUUCUAAUUUCCACUCUUUUUCUUCUUCUAACACCAUUGCUACCCACAUCGAAGCCGUAAGUAAGAAACCCAUGUCUGUUAGAGGAAAGGGGAAAAUAGAUGAUCGCUUCGAUAAUGUUGACGAUGCUUUGAUUUUGUUCAAUAAGAUGAUUGACAAGUACCCAAAGCCUUCCAUUGUGGAAUUCAAUAAAUUAUUAGCAGCCAUUGUUAGGAUGAAACAUUAUGCCAUUGUUGUUUCUAUGUAUAGACAGAUGGAAUUAUUAGGCGUUUCCCAGGAUGGUUAUUCUUUUAACAUCUUGAUUAAUUGCUUUUGUCAAUUAGGUCGAAUUAAUUUUGGGUUUUCUGUUUUGGGGAAAAUGCUGAAGUUAGGCGUUGAGCCUAGUGCUGUAACUUUUUCAACUUUGAUAAAUGGGCUUUGUAAUCAAAGUAAGAUUUCUGAGGCCGUUUGUAUGUUCGAUGAAAUGACUGAAAGAGGGUAUCAACCUAUUUUGAUUGUUUAUAAUGUAAUACUUAAGGGGAUGUGUAAGAGUGGCAGUACAGACAGAGCUGUUAGGUUUCUAAGGCUGAUGGAAGCUAGAGGUUUUGAGCCCGAUAUUGUAACGUAUAACACAGUCAUUGACUGCCUUUGUAAGAAGGAGCUAUUAAAGGAGGCUCUCAAUCUCUUCUCCGAAUUGAAGGUUAAGGGCAUUAGACCAUGUAUCAUUACUUAUAAUUGCUUAAUUCAUGGCAUGUGUAAUUUGGGCCAGCAGGAGGAGGCAAUAAGGCUUUUGAAUGAAAUGGUUGAUAACAAUAUUUCACUUGAUAUUGUCACAUAUACCAUAUUGAUUGAUGCACUUUGCAAGGAAGGAAUGAUUCCUAAAGCUGUAGAGACCGUUGACAUAAUGAGAAAGCAAGGCAUUGAGCCCAAUGUUUUCACGUAUAAUUCAUUGGUCGAUGCACAUUGCAAGGAAGGGAUGGUCUCUGAAGCUGAGGAUAUUGUUGAUGCAAUGAUAAAGCAAGGCAUUGAGCCUGAUGUUGUUACCUAUAAUGCAUUAGUUAAUGGUCAUUGCUUGCAGAAUGAAAUGGAUAAAGCUAGAAGAGUUUUUAACUUGAUGAUUGAGAAGGGUUGUGCACCUGAUAUAGUUACUUACUGCACCCUUAUGCAAAGUCAUAUUGAAGCGGCAUUGAAACUUUUUCAAGCAAUGCAAAAUAGUGGGUUGGAAUUUGAUAUUGUCCCAUAUAGUAUCUUAAUUAAUGGGUUUUGCAAAGUUGGGCAUAUCGAAGUUGCAAAGGAAUUAUUUCAUCAACUCUCUGACAAUGGUUUAAAACCGAAUGUUUACACAUAUUGUAUAAUGAUUAAUGGACUGUGUAAAGAGGGAUUGCCGGAUGAAGCAUACAGGUUGUUUGGGAGCAUGGGAGAUAAUGGCUGUUCUCCUGAUAGCUGCUGUUAUAAUGUAAUGAUUCGGGGGUUCCUUCGCAACAGCUAUACCUCAAAGGCAACGCAACUUCUUACAGAAAUGGUUGGUAAGGGCUUUUCUGCAGAUAUAUUCACUGCCAACUUAUUUAUGGAACUUAUCGUAUACUCUAAUAAAUCAAUCUUGCUCUGAAAUGUUUCACAAAUUGUGUAAUCUGAAAUGUUUCACAAAUUGUGUAAAGAUCAUCACUUGCAAAUGUGAAUCAGUUUGCGCAUAACCAUUGUAAAGUGAUAAAAGAUUCUGGAAACUAGAAUGAGUUUUAGUGUCUAUUUUCAAUAUUGUUGAUUUUGUUUUGACUUUAUGUAAUAAGUGAGAUUCUUGUUGGUGGUAAUAUUAAGAAAUUAGGGGAAAA